UUUUUGGUACUUGAAAUUGCGAACUGUUCAGUCACGAUAAAAACCAUGCUGGAGGAGUUGGGAUUGGAUGAAGAUGAGGAUGAAAUUGUUCCCCUACCAAAUGUUAACUCUGCUAUCCUGAGAAAGGUCAUUCAAUGGGUCACGCAUCACAAAGAUGAUCCUCCACCACCUGAAGAUGAUGAAAACAAGGAGAAGCGAACUGACGACAUCAGCUCCUGGGAUGCUGAUUUUUUGAAGGUUCAUCAAGGAACCUUGUUCGAACUGAUUUUGGCAGCACAUUACUUGGACAUCAAAAGACUUCUAGAUGUAUCGUGCAUGACUGUGGUAAACAUGGUAAAGGAAAAAACACCAGAAGAAAUAAAGAAAUAG